UUUUAAGAAUCUCUCUAUACUGUGAGUAUAUAUAUGAAGAUCUGCUACUGUACAGCACACCCAGUGUGUGAAGGUGAGUCCAUGCAGCUCUGACGUAAAGGCUGACGUACAGCCACUUUGGUGAUGAAGGGGGUGGGCUGCAGUGACAGACUUCUCCUUAUUGAGGAGGGGUUGCCAGCCAUCUAAGCUCCUCCCCUUUGAUUAUCUAUGUCUGUCUCUCGUUCCUUCUCUCUCUCCCUUUUGCUCUGUCUGCCAGGCUGAGUUGGUUUCAGACAGUGCAUCACAAACACACACACACAUACACGUGCCACUCUAUGUCUCUCGUAGCUCUCCACUCAUCUCCUCACUCCUCCUCAUCCUCUCUCAGCAUGGAGUCACAUCACUGAAGAGUGGAUUGUUCCUCCUGUUUUCUCCUCUUCUCUCCUCUGCACUUCAUUCGGUGUGUUUGGGUGUCUGUUUCAAGGUGGGAAUGCUGGUGUCUGCGACAGCGCUGUUGGGGGCUACGCUGGGUACCGUGUCUGGAGUGUUGACGCUGUGUGGUCUCUCCCUGCUUUGCAAGAGCUGUAAGAAGGGGAAACUUGAAAGAGGGGACGAGACUGACCUAGAGAAAGCCAAACCCAGUAUCCUGCAUACUCUGACACAGUUCAGUGUGCAGAAAUGCACAGAAUCCAUCCAGCCUCAAGCAUCUUUGAAGUUUCCUAAAAUCUACCGCCCCAAACCCUUUGUUACUUCUCAAGAGGUAAUAAACUACAAAGAACAUGGAGCUGCCAACGACACGUCUGCUGCUGAGCUCGACACCUGUAACCAGGCAACCGAACGUGAGGAGGUCUUCUCCCUCCCGCGGCAAGCUUCCACAGAUGAAACACCCUGCACAUCUGAGCAAACCGGUGCCAUGACGACAAGUAGCUCCAUCCUAUAUCCCAAACUGCACUUCUUCAUCAGCCUGCACAAAGAAAAUGGAGAGCUACACAUCAGCAUUGUAGAAGCGGAGAAUAUAUCAGUGGAGGCCGGAUGUGAGGGAUAUAUAUCAGGGUGUGUGAGCGUCUCUGAAGAGCAGAAGCACGCUCACACAGCCGUCCACAAGUUGGCAGCGCAUGUGCAGUGGGGAGAGGAGCUGGUGUUCGCUCUCCCCAUGGAGGGCACAGAAGACACAGACAGUCUAGAUGGAGAGGUGGCCCUCUCACUUCACUGCUGUGAUCGAUUCUCCCAUAAUUCCACUCUGGGCACGAUGCGCUUUAAGCUGGCUGAUAUAAGCAUGAUGUUGGACGCUGAUUGCUGGGUUGACUUGCAGCCACCCAAACAGGAAGUGGCAUCAUCAGCUGGAGAGCUACUAUUGUCACUCAGUUAUCUGCCAGCAGCCAAUAGACUUGGGGUGGUGGUAAUGAAGGCUAGAGGACUUCAGUCAGACAAACUGAAAGACAACAUAGAUUUAUCGGUGAAGCUGACCUUGAAACACCAAAAUGCCAAGCUGAAAAAGAAGCAGACACGGCGAGUGAAGCACAAGAUGAAUCCGGUAUGGAACGAAAUGAUGAUGUUGGAGCUGCCCAGUGAGCUAUUGGCUAAAUCCAGCGUGGAGUUAGAGGUACUGAACCUGGCCAGUCCCGGGACCCUGCUCCCUCUGGGCCGCUGCAUGCUGGGGCUCCACAGCUCAGGCACCGGCCUGCAGCACUGGAAACAGAUGCUAGAUAAUCCACGCAAGCAAAUUGCAAUGUGGCAUCCACUUUACACCUAAGAAUACAGGUUAAUAUUCUACAAAACACCACCUACACGCAAUGAUUGGUUAAACGUGGUUGGAGUUUUACGAUAGUACUCUAUACCUGUGUAAAAAUAUGUAGUACUCCAAUAUAAUAAUAUUUACCUAGAUAUAAUGAGUGAACCCAGUUGUUUUCGUUACGUAUUAUGAAACUAUUUUCUCUGAAGGUAAAAGCUGCGGGAGACAGGUCACAUACAGUACUAAUAUUGUUACACAGUAGUUUAGAGUAUUUUAAUGUAAGCAGUACUGAAUUUACCUUUGGUGUUGUUGUUAAUGUGUCUUCAAAUUACUCAAUGCUAUUUUACACUGGUCCAACUUGAAGCCAUCCUCAUCUUCUAACACUUGUCAGAUAUAAAAUAUGACUGAACAGCCCACUCAGUCAAUAUCAUAGUGACUGAUGGGAGAGAGAGGCAAACGGCUCAUAUCUGAUACACCAUAUUGUGUAAAGCCUGGCUGGAUCAGAUCAGAAGAAAGGUUAAACUACUGUAUCUAACUAGGUUUGGCAGAACAGAUGUCCCUCAUAACUCAUCAUAAAUGAACAAUCACAACAAAUAUUACGGUAAAACGAUCUUUGUCAGAUGAAGCCCUUGUAUGAUCCACAGGCAGAGCUUUUCUGUCAGUCUAUUGUGGUUGGGAACACUUAAUUAGAAAAACAUUCAAAUAUAAAUAAUUAUUUUUUUAAGUUCAAUAGCUAGCAGUUUUGGUUUUCCUGCUAUGAAGGCUUAUGGAUCCACUUAGUCACACUGUCACAGCUGGAAAGAUGGAGGCCUGCUCACUAACUGUAGAUUGUGGCUAGUACCUUUACAGCAGUAACACACUAAAUAAAUGUACAGGGUCUCAAUAGGGCAGCUUUUCUUCUCAAGAUGCAUGUAGACAGAAAAAAAAUGUAAAUCUACCACUGUCUUCUAAUUUAAAAAAUGUAAAUAUAUAUAAACAGCAGGAUAUGUAUACUAUAUAUGUGUAUUAGCAGGAUGAUGCCUGGCUCCAGGAAAGUUACUAUGGGCAGUUACUUUAUCAUCAUUAUACACUUGAGAGCAAUGGAGGAUGACACUCUCUACCAUUAUUGUACUUUAGGAUAUUUUGGAUGAAAAAAUUAAACUCUGAAUGAAAAUGAAUGAAAAUUACUCAGUUUGGAGACCUUUGAAAGCCUGUUUAAAAACAACAAUAAUAAUAAAGGUAACUGCAAAUUUGAUCUCACAGUUCAGACUUUGUAUCUUGCAAUUCUGAUUUUUUUUUCUCUCAUAACUUUGAGAAAUCGAAAUCUGAAUUGUGAGUAAAAACUACAGACACAGAACUGUGAGAUAUAAACAUUAACUUUGAAUUCUGAAAUUUUUACAAAAUUUUAUUUUUCCAAAUUUACAUCAGUUUAUAUCUUGCAAUUCUGAGUUUUUAUUAGAUCUCUCUGAUAAAAGAAACUUGCAAUUCUGAGAACUGCAAUUAUAAGUUAACAUUUUGCACUGCUGAUCUUUUUUCUUGCAGUUCUGUUAUAAACUCAAAAUUGUGAGAAAAGAAGUCAGAAUUGUGAGAUAAAGUUUAUUACCUUUUUUUAUUUGUUUAUUCUGUGGGAACAAUUAUAUAUAUAUAUAUAUAUAUAUAUAUAUAUAUAUAUAUAUAUAUAAUUUGUCAUUAAAGAUGUUGGUUCCAUGUAAAAUUACGGACUUUUUUAACCUAAAAGUAUGGACUUCAACCUAAGUUAUUAUAUGCUUCCUUCUUUCCAAUUCCAAGUCAAAUUGUAGCCAAACAAAACCAGCAAUGAUUUAUUCCAAAAAUGCAUUAGUGUUUCACCAGGAGUUCACAUUCUACACGUGACAUGCCAAAUGCCACUAAAAUCAAAUAUUGUGCAUCUAUCUGGGAAGGAAUGCAUAUUUUGUGCUAUAACCAACAGUAGUCAUUCAGUCAAAUGUCAAAUCUAAUCAAUCAGCUAGGCAAAUAAGUCACACAAGAUAUUCACUCAAGUAUUCGUUGUGUGUAUUUUAGUGUUAAUCUGUUAUGUGUGAAAUUAUUCAUCAGAAUUUAUUUUAAUUAUUUUUACUUUUUAAUAUCAUCAAAUUAAAAUCAAUGUUUUAAUUACUAAUAAUCCAGUUAAUUAUUAGAUCAUAAAAAGAUAUGUUUAUGUCACUAUUUUGAUACAUUUAGCUUUAAAUAUAUUUGUAUAGGGUAGCAGUUAAAAGCAGUGAAAUCCCUGUCUUGUGGGUAAAUACAUUAGAUAACAAUCUCAGUUUGCCCUUCAGUCAUGUUUGAAUAUUUACGGUGCAAUGGUUUCGAAUGAACAUCAUUUCUGUGCCUGAUACUUUUCCAGAGAGGGAUGACCAGUGGAAUGUUAAUCACUGCAAUCUGAUCCAUCUAUAGCCUAUGACUUACAGCAUAACACUCUUGAUUUCAUACUGAAAGAAAUGUAUUUUUAACCCACAGAUAUACUUGAAACAAAUAGCCGUGUGUUGAUGUGAAAUAAAUAUUCCUUUCUCAAAUGUGUUAUUUCUCACUUGUGUUUGUUUGAUGUCAGAGAUUUUA